UGAGAGUGAUAUACUUGAUCUUGACUAAUGCAGUGGCUUAACUUUUGUGGAUUAAAUACUGUCCAAUUAUGAUUGUUAAUAUGCGUGAGCUGUGACUUGGGAGAGACGACAUUCUCUUGAAGUGGCAACUUAUGGUGGAGCAAGCCAGGCAGAAACACGAAGGAGGGACAGACAUGUCAUCUGGUUUUCAACCAGCUAAAGAUGUAAAUCACAAAUCUUGAGCAUCUGGAAGAAGUUCAAAGGAUAAUCACAAAGGGGAUAUAAAAGGUUCUACUACUUCUGCAACUUCAGGUGAGUUUUCUUUUAAACUCUUUAUGUGUCAUUUCGGUUGUCAAAUAAUUUAACCACAAGAUGCAAGUCAAUGUCAGGUAUAAUAUUCGCAAAACUGACAUCCCUAAAACUGUUAAGUUGUAGAUGAAAAUGCGGCGGUGUCGUUGAAUUAUAUUGUCUUGCAUGGAGGGUGAUAAUUUAACCAGGUCAUUGCUGUUUGAUUGUUUGUCCAGAUAUAUUAAUUCCUACAUUAUUUUUUAAAUACUUCUUGAUGUGUACCACGCCAUAAUUGGCAUUGGAGUUCAGUUACGGACUGACCUUAAAGGUCGGAAGCAAGUAAAACAGAACAAACAAACUCUAAAAGAUAUCCAUAACGGCACUGGCCAGGAAUAUCGGAACUAACAAAAGCUCACUAACAAACCCAAAACGCCUGUAAAUCUGACCCCUCUGAUUCAGAAAGACUCAGGUUCCAAAUUCACUUCUAGUUAUUACUCUUUACUCACUAAUUAUUCACCCACUUACUUGAGCGUCGGAGUGCUUUGUGCAGGUACUCCCACCGCCGUGUUUCAGAGGACCGAGGCCAAACUCACACCCACACUUGGACGACGUAUAGUUCAACCACAUAUCCAAGUGUUCGCCCAAGGAUCGUUGAUCUCGGUCACCACAGACGGAACAUUUGGCGCCCACCGUGGGGCCACGAAAACUAACCCCACUCUAUUACCACUUCCCCUUUUUUAUUUUCUUCUUCUACGCAGGGUUCAUCAAGCUCGUGACAUGGCCGACAACGGAAUUCAAGUACCCAGUUAGGCCGAACUUAUGGCCCAGAUGGCCGAACUGCAAGCGGAAGUCAAGAGACUAGCUGAGCUAUCCACCCAGAGCAGCAAACAAGAGGAAGGCAACUCCAAAGGUUCCACCCAAGGCGGAGCCGAACUCAUAGGUGUCAACCCCCCUAAGGAGAAGCUGACCUUGGACAACCCGUUUUCUGAGGAAAUCACGAAUUUCCAAAUGCCAAAGCAUUUCACACUCCCUUCCUCUCUUGAGCCGUAUAAGGGGAUUGGUGACCCCCGGGCUCACAUUAAGAAAUUUCAAUCUAUGAUGUUUUUUAACGGACCUAAUAACGAUCCUGUGCUUUGCAGAGUUUUUUCUACUUAUCUAGAUGGGGCUGCCCUACUUUAGUUUUCAAAAUUGUCUGCAGGAUCAAUCGCUUCCUUCGAAGAUCUGGCUAGGUCUUUCAUCGACUACUUUGCAGCAGCUCGGAUCUAUGUACAUGGAUCAGACUAUCUAAGCACCAUCCGCCAGGGCCCACAGGAAAGCUUAAAAGAUUACAUGACCAGGUUCACAGAUGCCACCAUGGAAAUACCUGACUUAAACCCUGCCGUCCACCUACAUGCCCUCAAAGCCGGACUCAGGCCCGGAAAAUUCAGAGAAAUAAUCGCGGUUACAAAGCCAAAAACACUGGACGAAUUCCGAGAAAGGGCAGCAGGACAAAUGGAGAUCGAAGAACUCCGAGAGGCCGACAAAACCGAAAGGAGACCAAGAAAAGAGGACGACAGGCCCCCCAGAUCGGCGAACACUAGAGACCUCGGCAAACCAUUCAAGCUCACCCCAAAAUUCGAUAACUACACCAGAUUCAAUACGAAGAGAGAGAAGAUAAUCAAAGAAAUACUUAAUGCCAAGAUUAUAAAGCCACCAACCAGAGCGGGAAGCUACCAAGAUCAGCGAUUUGUCGACAAAAGCAAGCACUGUGCCUUCCACCAGAAAUAUGGUCAUACAACCGACGAAUGCGUGAUAGCCAAAGAUCUCUUGGAAAGAUUAGCACGACAGGGCCUCUUGGACAAGUACAUCGAAGGGCGAAAACACAGGGAAAGCAACAGAGAAGAACAUCAUCAAACCUCGGCCAGCAAAGAAACCAACAAAUGGCUGAACAACAACCCACCUAAGGGGGUUAUAAACUGCAUAUCUGGAGGAUUCGCAGGAGGCGGCGAAACAAAUUCAGCACGGAAGCGGAGCUAUCGUGCGAUGUUAGCAAUCGAAGGAACAACACCGCCAAACAACAAAGAUAUUCAGGACCUAGAAAUCACUUUUAACCAAGCUGAUAUAUGCUCGGCCGCCCCUCACACAGACGACCCAGUAGUAAUUUCCAUUCAAACAGGCGACCUUCUGUUUCAGGCGCAAGAUAACAAGAUAGCGACAAUACAUUCUGAUCGACAACAAGCUCAGCAAUGCUACAACGCUAGCUUAAAAAGAUCGGACGUAAGCCACAAACAAAGGGAGGUCCAUUCAAUAAAUGGCUCAGAAAUCUUGUCCCUGGCCGAACUUGAUCCUCGAGGGGAUACCCAGGAAAGAUCUCAACCAGCAGAUGAGCUACACAAAAUCCAGCUAACUCAAGUUCCGGGACAGGUAACUUACAUCGGCCAAGCACUAAGAGGACAACAGAGAUCGGAAUUGAUAAAGUUACUACAAGACUACGCUGACUUGUUCGCUUGGACCCCGGCAGAUAUGUCUGGCAUUAGCCCAAAUAUCAUCUGCCACAAGCUAGCCACGAACAAGACAAGCCGACCUAUAGCCCAGAAGAAGCGAAACCUCGGCAUCGAGAAAUCAAAGGCGGCCUUAGAAGAAACAGAGAAACUCCUCAAAGCCAACUUCAUCAAAGAAAUCCGCUUCACCACAUGGCUCUCAAACGUAGUAAUGGUAAGGAAAAAUUCAGGUAAGUGGCGCAUGUGCGUCGACUUUUCAGAUUUGAACAAAGCAUGUCCUAAGGAUGCUUACCCCCUGCCAUGCAUCGAUAAACUUGUAGACAACGCCUCAGGUUUUAACAGCUUGAGCUUCAUGGAUGCAUACUCUGGGUACAACCAGAUUCUAAUGCAUCCAGAUGACCAAAGCAAAACAGCAUUUAUAACUGAACAUGGUAAUUUCUGUUAUAGAGUUAUGCCAUUUGGCCUAAAGAAUGCAGGUGCAACCUACCAGCGUCUGAUGGACAAAGUAUUCCGACACCAAAUAGGUCGGAACAUCGAGAUCUAUGUGGACGAUAUGGUCGCCAAGUCCACUAAAGAUCGGUCACACUGCGACGACCUCAAGGAAAUAUUUGAACAAAUCCGAGCAUACAAUAUGAGAUUGAAUCCAGAAAAAUGCGCUUUUGGAGUCCAAGGAGGAAAAUUCCUAGGAUUUAUGUUGACUUCCAGAGGAAUCGAAGCAAACCCUGAGAAAUGCAAUGCUAUACUCAACAUGACAAGCCCCAAGACGAUAAAGGAAGUACAGCAACUAGCAGGAAGGAUAGCCGCUCUCUCCCGAUUCUUACCCGCGGUAUCAAGUCGGUCACAUCUAUUCUUCCAGACGAUCUUAAAAAACAAACAGUUUCAAUGGACACCAGAGUGCGAGACGGCGUUCGCCGAACUUAAGACCCUUCUAUCAUCACCUCCCGUAUUACAAAGACCUGAGGUCGGCAAGCCUCUAUAUCUAUACCUAUUCGUUUCCAAUCAUUCCAUAAGCUCGGCCCUCGUCAUUGAGACAGGAAGGAUUCAACAGCCAGUAUACUUCGUCAGCAGAAUAAUGCAACCAACGGAACAAAGGUACCCGAAGAUAGAGCAGCUCGCCCUGGCACUCGUGGUCACGGCAAGAAGACUAAGACACUAUUUUCAAAGCCACACAAUAGUAGUAAGAACAAAUCACCCAUUGAGGCAAAUAUUAACAAAACCAGAAUUGGCAGGACGAUUGACCAAAUGGUCAAUUGAACUCUCAGAGUUCGAUAUUCAGUUUCAGACUAGAUCGGCCCUCAAGGCACAAGUUCUCGCCGACUUCAUCACGGAAAUGACCCCAGACGAUCACAUUGAAACAUGGGAGUUACACGUGGAUGGGGCGUCAAGCCGAGAAGGGAGCGGGGCUGGCAUAAUCUUAAAGGAGGGAAAUAAGGUGGUAGCCGAGCAAGCCCUCCAGUUUCACUUCUCGGCAAGCAACAAUCAGGCCGAGUAUGAAGCCCUAAUAGCGGGACUCAAGCUCGCCCUAAGCCACAAAGCGACGAACUUAACGGCACAUUGCGAUUCCCUCCUGGUGGUCCAACAAAUCCGAGGAGAAUUCCAGGUAAAAGAUCCCUUGCUAGAACAAUACUGGCUCAUAGCAAAUGAUCUAAUUUCAAAUUUCAGUUCAUUCACCAUAUUACAUGUACAUAGAGAACAAAAUGUCAGGGUGGACAUACUAUCUAAACUCGUCGCCACCAGGGCGGACACACAAACAUCAACAUUAUCACAACACACACUCACAAAACCGAGCAUUGAACUAUUAUGUAUCGAAAACAUUAACCACCUCCAUGAUUGGAGGAAACCUUUCCUUGAAUAUAUAUGUACAGCUACCAUACCCAGAGACGAGCUCCACCCUCAACAGUUCAAACGUAAGGCAAGCUUCUACACGAGAAUAUCAGGGGAGCUAUACAGACGAGGUUUCUCACAACCAUUACUAAGAUGCCUAGACCAAGACCAGGCCAGAGAAGUAAUGAACGAAGUCCAUGAAGGAGUAUGUGGAAACCACAUAGGAGGACGAGCUCUCGCUGCAAAAAUAAUCCGAACAGGGUAUUACUGGCCGACCAUGAAGAGAGAUUGCAUAGCAAAGGUCAAAACAUGCGACAAAUGCCAGAAACAUGAGGCGAUCUCAACAAAGCCAGCCGAGGUACUACACAGCAUGGAGGUAAGCUGGCCUUUCCACAGAUGGGGAGUUGACAUCCUCGGCCAUUCCCAACAGCACCAGGACAACUCGGUGGAACACCCACAAACUAAUGGGCAAGCCGAAGCUGCUAACCGAGUUGUGUUGCAGGCAAUAAAAAAGAAGCUCGAUAACGCGAAGGGAGAAUGGGCCGAGCUCAUCCCCGAAGUGCUGUGGAGUUACAACACCACAAUGCAUAGCACUACAGGUGAAACACCCUUCAAGUUAGUCUAUGGCUCAGAAGCACUGAUCCCCAUUGAGGUCGGAUUACCGACGUUAAGAACCGAGCUGUACGACGAACAACAGAACCUAAGGGCCAGAAGUGCCGAGCUUGACCUAGCCAAAGAAGACAGAGAAAUCGCCGCUAUCAAACAAAGGGCCUAA